UUGUUUUGCCACCAUCUGACCGCGCUUGGCCACUUCAGCAGCAUGAAAGCAAUAGCUUGUGCCCUACUCUUGGCUCUGGCACUUAUGACCAUCUUCAAUGUAGAAUGUGCUCCACACCCUCAACAGGUUGAUUGCAGUAAAUAUAAAAAGUCACCACCAGGAAAAGAGGGAUUCUGUCAUGCAAUAUAUGCACCAAUUUGUGGAUCCGAUGGCAAAACUUACCCAAAUGAUUGCUUCUUCUGUUUUGAAGUUCAAAAAACUCACAACAAACUUAAAUUUGUACAUUUUGGAAAGUGUUGAAUCUAUCUUGUGAUUCCAGUUCACAUGAAACACACUUCUUCUCCCAUAUAACCUACGCCGCAUUGCCUAAUCUUGUCACCAUUAUGUCUGGAUUUCCUUGUAGAAUAAA